AUGCCUUGCGCCGAUCUAGUCGAUACCGUUUAUCUGGGUGCGGAUUUGCGCGUAUCCAGCCCUAUACGGUGCACAAAGCGUCAUCAGUUCGAUGAUCGAUUUAUCAAGCACUUCAAAGAAUCUCAUUCAUGCAUAUACGUGACCCAUCCGAUGCUAUCUAGUCUUCAAGUGGACACUUCUCCGACUGACGGUUCAGUUACAACUCGUCCAAUGCAUUCUUGUCUGCCCUCGUCUCGCUGUCCGGUGCCGUCGGUCGCAGCGCCAGCCGAGGAUGCCUGUUUGCCUUUGGUUGAACUACCUGUACCUGGUGUCCCUCCAUCUCCGCUCAUGGGUUUGAAACGUCGUUUGAAGCGCGCUUUCUGUCAGCCUGGCAAUGCAGAGGUAAAUCCUGUCCUGGAACUGUACCGAUACGUGAUUCUUCCCGAUUUGAAAGUUGGCGCUCCCCUCGUGAUUCACCGAUCGGAGAAGAAUGGUGGACCUUUGCUUAUCGAUCCACCCGAGGCUCUCUCAGAUCCGUCUGCCCGUUGGCGAUCAUUGGAAGCUGCAUUCGUCCAAGAGAUGCUCCAUCCGGGUGACUUGAAACCGGCCGUCGAACAAGCAUUGUCGAGCCUCGAAAAGAAUGAUAACAGCCUAACAGCACGGCUCAUAAAAGCACUCCCAUCGUGGUCCGAACUGACACAGCUGUUGGUUACCGCGUUCCCCAAACCGCAAACCGGAGGUAAAACAAAAAACAAGACGAAAAAACCGGCCGGAUCGGCGGGUGAGGUUGCUUCCGGUGAUCGAGUUGCUCCAGCCAAAGCCUCUUCCGCUACGGAUGCCGUGAACGAGGAAUUGGACCCGAAUCGACUGGAAAUUCGUGUGGGUCGUAUUCUAUCGGCGAAGAAAAAAUCGGCUCCGUGGACCACACCGACCCAUGGACAUUUCCGGGAAUAG